AUGGAACGACCCGCGAAACGACAGCGCCUCUCUUUACCACCGGGCUCUCCAGAGGAGGUGACCGAGGAGUGGGACCUCCAGGCUGCGCGCGCCCGGAAUGACAUGCGAUUGAAAUCGAUCUUUGAGGGAAUAUUCUCUAAAUAUGGAAAAGACUUUACAGAAGUGGGCGAUGAGAUUGAUCUACGAACAGGGAAGAUUGUGGUCGAUAAUGGCCACCUAUCGGGGAUGCAUGAAGAGAAGGAUAUUGGAGACGAACAUUCAUGGCUCGAUGAAUCUGAUUUCUCUGAGGGGGAUGAGAAUGAGAUAGACGAAGGCCGAAAACACUGUAUGGGAAAUUCUCCGAGUGAAACGCCAGUAGUCACUUCAAACAUCGGUGAGACCGACAGUUCCUGGAACGCAAGUACCCAUCAUCAACCUGCCAACCUAUGCAAACCUGUUAUUCAACCUUCACACCCAUUUGAAAAUGACCGGCCAACGGACCCUGUUUGGCAAGCCCCCGAUCUGCCCGCUUUAUUCUCCACGCCCACGGCCGAAACCAAGCGGAAAGGGGUUCCGAAACUUCCACAUUUCGAAAGGGAGGCAUCUCCACCAGGUUCUGGAUCUUUAUGGAGCGUGCCUCGACGAGGGCGUCCACGCACAGAAGCCAAACCCAAAACAACGCCGAGCCAAAUCCGGCUCCGGGCGAAAAGAAAGUAUCAUUCCAGCCCUGUGGCGCAUGACUGGUCAUUUGCAGCCACGCCAGAUGGAGAUGAAUCAGACGACCCGCUUCAGGAAUUCCAACCUUCGCCUUCGUUAUCGAAAGGUGCGAGGAACAUUCGCGGAAAGCGUAUGCAGGCGUCGGCUCGUACAGCUCGCCUACCAUCUCCCGACGCACGACCGCCCCUAUCUCCGUCUGACCAAUCGGCUACUCAAGCCCAUGAUAAUAAACUUCAAAACCACGCGAGAAAAGGUGCAGAAAGCCAUGUGGCAUUUGACGCCUCCAACUCGCAAUACGAUUCAUAUGCACAUCCACAUUCCCACGUUUUAUCUGCCACGGAAACACCUGUCAAAUCAAAGCGAGGGUUGACACCUGAAGAUGCCAAGCUGGUCGUUCGCAUGAGGCACAUCCAAAAGAAAAAAUGGAAUGAGAUUCACAAUUUUUUGCCACAUCGAAGCCGGUCUCAAAUUUAUCAAUGGAAUUUGGUUCAUUGGACAGAACGCCGCGCAAAUCCUCCUCAGCUUUCUGCGCCCUGGACCCAGGCUGAGCUUGAAACUUUGGACUGUCUGAAAGAGGAAUCCGGUCUCACAUGGCUGGAUAUUACGAGAAGUAUUCCAAAUCGCACCAAAGCGGAGAUUGAGUUUGAGUUGCUCCGACUUUGGGUUGGGGAUGAGGUAUGGAUUGGUCAGAAGAGGGAGCCCGAGCGGGAAUUCCAGCAGGAUGAGAAAGGCAGUGAAGAUGAGGUAGAUGUUCCUGAGGUUGUUCCUUCUAUUGAGGUAUACUGCGGGCCCGACACCAAUGAGCCCCGGAUUUUUGAGGACCAUAUUGGUGACGAUGACCCCGUCGUCAACAUCAGUGCUGCGUCAUCGCCUUCCAAACUGUCAGCCAUCUACCUUGACAGCCCAAUCGCCAGCCGGCAGGGAUCUAGGACACCAAAAAGAGCGUCUCCAAUCAAGCAAUUGACGUUUACAAUCUGA